UAUGGUUGCAUGCAUGUUUGUUGUCGUGGGCGAUGUUAUCUCCAGACGAGAAAGCAGUGAAGUCGCUUAUACUAUAAUAUUUUAGUCGAAUAGAAAUGGGUAAUCAAGUGACACGUGGGCAUGCAUCCACCAAGAAGACUGAUUCUGCUGCACACGCCGGCAACGCAGCCAAUGCAACUAGCCUUUCGAAAAGUUCCUCGGGAACUGAGUUAGAAAGUAAUUCGCACAUGCAGUUCUUUCCGAUCGAGAGUCUAGCGAAGACUCUGUCACAUCUGACACAUGACGAGGAACGUAUAAGUGGUAUUACAAAAUCUGUAUUUCAACGGUACCUUUUCCCUAAUUAUCCAGAGUUAGGUGAAAAAUUAUUCAACUAUUUGCAUCACACUGCCAAUGUCAGUACUUCUCAUAUGAGUGCAAAUUCUUUUAAGCAACAAGCUGAGAAAUUCCUCUCUGUGAUGAAUGAUCAAACUGUAUUAGAAAAUUAUGUAAAAAUGUAUUCAAACAUGAAGGAUGAUGGAAACAUUGAUCCUGAAGGAUUGAAAGGUCUAUUACAUAUCUCUUACAAAAUUGCCAUGGAUAGUAGUGGGACUGCUUCAUGUAUUUAUGCUGGACAAAUAAUCAAUGCAGUCAUUAUUUCUUGUUUUCAUGGCAAAUAUGCUUUAUCUGUGAGUUUUGUGAGCAAUUGGAUUUCGCAGCAUUGUCCACGUAUAAUACAUGGUCCUCAUCAUUACAUAGUACAUGUACUAACAACUGCUUAUCGAAAUGGUAAAGUUCUAUUGUCUAAAGAGCAACCCCAACCGCAUCUGGAGAUACCAACGCCUAUAUUGGAGCAACCAGAAUCCAUAGAUUUUCCUCAAAUUCUACUACCUGUGAGCUAUGUAUGGUUGCUAUCAAGUACAUUACCCGAAUGUUACCUUCAGGUAGAUAAUUCACCACAAGAUGUUCCUCAUGCCUUGAUAGCUAAAAGGUUGGGCAGUGUGUGUCCUAGACAUUGGGCAUUGUUAUACAAUAGCUCAGAGCAUGGAACAGGAGCCAACCGUUUUCUCCAUCACGUUUUAGGAUACAGAGGUCCCACCCUGUUGUUUAUAAGAGCUGUUAGUCCAGACAAGGAUACAGUGUGCCCUACAUAUUGCAUAUGUUCAGCAGUAGAGUGGCAUGAAAGUCACUUGUAUUGGGGUGAUGAAGAUUCAGUAGGCAUUGAACUAUUUCCAUCAUACAGGGUUAUAGAAAAAGGAGCCAAAUUACUUUAUUUAAAUACUAAUAUUCGGGGUUAUCCUCACGGAUUACGAUUUGGAAGUAAUACACGUUCGCCGUACAUCAGUAUAGACGAAUCAUUCCAUUCAGUCAGUAUUGCAGGUGCACCUUAUCCAAUUGCUAGUUUAGAAGUGUGGGGCUGUGGAGAUACAAAAUUGAGGGAGCGUCAAUUGGAAAUUAAGAAGUGGCAGGUAAAAGAAGCAGAAAAACAAAGAAUUGUUAAAUUAAGUGCUAGUGAUUGGAUAGAUCAUCCUGAUCGUUACCUACUUGAAUUGGCGGGUAGAGCGUCUUAUAAUGAAUCUAGUAAUUAAGUAUAAGAUAAUAUACAAUAGCACAAAGUUGAUUCAGGAUUUAUAGUGGAUUGUUUGUAUAUAUGUAUAUACUAUCAAACAACUAUGAUAUCGAUAUGUACUUAUGCCGUAUGUGUAAGAUUGCAGACACCAUAUUUGUUUGAAACAGUUUAGUUUAAACGGAUAUACUUACUCUAGAGUAUGCCAUCAAGGACAAGUUUUAAUAUACGGAUAUUAUAACAAUUUUAGUAUUUUUUAGAGUACCAGUAAACUCGUGAUAUAGUUUUUAAUAUGCCAUAUGGAACAAGUGAUUGAAUGAUACUAAAAAUUAUGUUUACGUUCAACAUUUUACCAGAACUAAAAACUAACAUUAAAGUAUCUGUAACGCCUAAAUUAUAUAAUAGUUGAAAGAGACAUUUUCAUAAAUUAUUACCUGUGCUCUGUAAAAGAGUUACUUAAAACUUAGAAUCCAAGUACUUACUUAAAAGACCUUAUGCAGUAUAUUUUAAAACCGUACUUUUAUGCUCAAUAAUAUUAGCUAAUGUAAAAAAUAUACAAACGAAAUACUUGACAUGUACAAAAUGUAAAUGUGCUGUCCUAUGUAAUUAACGAUUGUAUGUUUACAGUAUAUAUGAACAAAUGAAAAAACGAUAGUCGAAACGUUUGUUAAUAUUGUAAUUUUUAAUUUCGGCAAAGUGGCAUGCACAUAUUCUUGCUGAAAGUGAGAUUUCGAUAAAUAUAUAGGUGCUGUUACAUUUUUUAAUGUGCUUUUAUAAAAUAUAUUUCGGCUGUUGCGUGCCUUAUAUUCAAUCGUUUAAUUCAAUCUAGUAAAAUGCGCAUAAUCUCCGCAAAUUUACAUGCCUGUAUUUUUCAAGCUGUGACCAGUAUAGCGUGCCUUAUACAUAUAUACAUAUUGUUAAAAGACACCUGGUAAAAGUCAGCAGACGUUAGUAGUGAAAUAUUUCUGUGAACAAUAUACCGUU